UUGUUCUGGCUCAUAGGCAGAGAGGGAGAAGAGUGGGGGAAGUUUCUACACACCAAAAACAAGAUCUACUGGGAUUUUGACGAGAUAAGGCAGGAGAUUGAGAGCGAGACGGAGCGCGUGUCGGGGACUAAUAAGGGGAUCAGCGAUGAGCCCAUUCACCUGAAGAUCUUCUCUCCCAAUGUUGUCAACCUGACGCUGGUGGAUCUGCCAGGAAUCACUAAGGUGCCUGUGGGGGAUCAGCCUAAGGACAUCGAGGUUCAGAUCCGAGAUCUAAUCCUGAAGCACAUCUCCAACCCCAACUGCAUCAUCCUGGCCGUCACGGCCGCCAACACGGACAUGGCCACCUCCGAGGCCCUCAAAGUGGCCCGGGAGGUGGACCCCGACGGCCGGAGGACGCUGGCCGUGGUGACCAAGCUGGACCUGAUGGACGCCGGGACGGACGCCAUGGACGUGCUGAUGGGCCGAGUCAUCCCCGUCAAGCUGGGCCUCAUCGGGGUGGUCAACAGGAGCCAGCUGGACAUCAACAACAGAAAGUCGGUGGCCGACGCCAUCCGGGACGAGCACGCCUUCCUCCAGAAGAAGUAUCCCUCCCUCGCCAACAGAAAUGGAACCAAAUACCUGGCCAGAACCCUCAACAGGUUACUGAUGCACCACAUCCGGGACUGCCUCCCGGAGCUGAAGACGCGGAUCAACGUGCUGGCGGCCCAGUACCAGUCGCUGCUCAGCAGCUACGGGGAGCCGGUGGAGGACCAGAGCGCCACGCUGCUGCAGCUCAUCACCAAGUUCGCCACCGAGUACUGCAACACCAUCGAGGGCACGGCCAAAUACAUCGAGACCGCCGAGCUGUGCGGUGGAGCCAGAAUCUGCUACAUUUUCCACGAGACGUUUGGCCGAACGCUGGAGUCCGUGGAUCCUCUGGGGGGGCUGAGCACCAUCGACAUCCUGACGGCCAUCAGGAACGCCACGGGCCCGCGGCCCUCCCUGUUCGUGCCGGAGAUCUCCUUCGAGCUGCUGGUGAAGAAGCAGGUGAAGCGUCUGGAGGAGCCCAGCCUGCGCUGCGUGGAGCUGGUCCACGAGGAAAUGCAGAGGAUCAUCCAGCACUGCAGCAACUACAGCACACAGGCGAAGAUAAAAACCCCUCCGAAUAGCAGCCCAGGCUCCUCCCUUCAGGACGCGGUGCUGGCGGAGUGCGCGCCCCGCUCCAGUCUGCUCAUGAGGCCAGGAAGAUCAUCCAUCACGCCCUAA